GACUAUCAUCUUGUUCAGACGUGCAUAAUGAUUUCUGAAAGUAUGCUUGAAGUCCCAAUCAUAGGUCCACUUGAGAAUAUAGCUGAGAUGCUUCAUCUCAUUAUUUUAGAUGGCUACUAAAACUAAUAAGAUUAGAGCAUAUAAUACAUAUAUAUCUGGCAUGGGACAAAGAGAGAAACUAGGUAGGGUGAGUGAGGGUGGCCUUCAAACUGAAGAGACAAAAGGGAUCUCAUUCUCAUCUUCUUCCCUUUCACAUUACAUUACCAGUUUGCUUGAUCAUUACCAAACUGUACAAGGCUCCCAUAACACUCUUUCAUAAUAUGCCAAAAUGGGGUCCAUAAAUAUUCUCCAACUCCUAUAUUGCUUUGUUUGUUAUGAUUGCUGGUAAUACUGUUUAGGGAUAAAUAUGAAUCUGCGCAUAAAACGGAUAGAGCCUGCAAAAUCUUAACGAAAUUGAUUAUAUGCUAAUCUGGAAAAGAUUUGCCAUUUAAUUAUGAGUUAAUUGGUGUUAUAAUUAAUAGAAUUUGUCAAUUUGAGGGACAAAAAAACAAAAUGCAUCCCCCCUGAGAUUAUUGUUGUCUCUAUUCCAGUCUUGUUAUCAAUCUGCUUUUUAAAUAAUUGUGGCUCCAUCAUCAGUGACAUGUGAAUACCCAAUGGAUUGCCCAUAUCUACCCACUUCCAAAUUGCCAUAUAGGUGACCAUUCAACACCUCAAUCUUCUCUCCCAUAUUUGGACAACAGUGGACUAUAUCUUCUUGGCUCCUACAGUGAAUUUAGAGACUCCCAUCACUGAGUUCGAAUAUCGUCAGAUUAUGCGAUUUGUGAUUUCAAUUAUUUAAUUUACGCAAAAUUAUUAUUUAUGAAAAUGGCACAACCUACAUUUACAAAGCAAGAUAUCAUAUUGACACUUAUCAAGUUAACAUCGCUCCCGAGUAAAAGGACAAAACCCUAAACUUGAAUUUUGAAAGUGAAUGAAAUGAAUUCUAAAUUGUUGGAUGUAGGUGAAAUUAAACAGCAAGGUGCCUAGAUAAACUAUAUCAAUUUGGCUUGAAGGGCUGAUACUUGCCAUUCCUGUGAGCUCAGCUCCAUACCAUUUUCCAUUGAGGUACUGCUAUCAUUAUUGUAGAUUGGCAUCCAUUUGUCUGUUAGACCAUUCUUUUGUUUGAUUCUCAUCUCCUCUCCCAGCCCCACAUUUCCAGUGACCCUCUUGUGAACUUACAUGAAUAUAGUAAGAUGUAAACCACAGGCAGGAAAAAAGUAUCAUUAUUCAUUACACAUCCAAAUAACAAGAAAGUUUUAGAGAUAGAGAGAGAGAGAAUGGCUGGUUGAUGAAAUUUGGGGCUGGGGAGGAAAACUGGAAAACUUUGGGCUGGAGUCUACUUUGGAGAGAGAGAGAGAGAGAGUGGCAUGAGUCAUGAAAUUGGGUGAUCUGAAAGUGACAUAAUAGUGCAAAAGGGUUUGGUACUUUGGUAGGCCACCAUUGCCCUUGAACCAACUCUGUCUGUCCUGUCCACUCUCUCUCUAACUCACUCAUUUCUAGUCAAAAUAAAGCACUCCUUCUCUCCUUCCCUUCACUCCUCUCGACUCUCUGGUCUACUAAACGAACCAAAGGGCAAAGCAAAAGCCUUUACUUGUUCAGUUGUUUGGUAUUGAAAUUGAACAGAAAGAGAGAGUAGGAAAGAAGAAGAAAAAACCCAAACCCUUAACUUUCUCUCUCUUUAAUUCAAAAGCUUCAGGAGUAGAUUCAAUAUUUUUCAAUUCCUUUCUUUCUCUAUCUCUUUGGCUCAGAGUGUCUUUGUCUUUUCUUGCCCUCUCUUUCCUCUCUUCAUUUUACCACCAGCUUCCCCCGCUCUCCCUCCCUGCAUUUUCGCUUUUUUCCUCAAAACCCUAGAUUUGGAAGCAGAAGGGAAAUCUAGGGUUUUGUUCGUCUGGGGUUGGUUGUUAGGAGUACGUGGGUUUCUGGUCUCUCAAGCUGUUCUCUACUUCCGCUGCUCAAAGUUGCCGUCUUUGAGCUUUUGUUUUCCGCCGGCUCUCUGCAUUUCUGUUGUUGGCCCUCUAGCUUUGAGUUAGCGCUCUGCUGUAUUCUUGGAGGAAACCCUGCCUCUCGUUCUUUAGAGUGUUUGUUUCUCUUCUUUCGUUUUCGUUCCCAUUUCCCACAAUUUCGGCGAGUUCGGAAUUUUGAGAUUGAGGGUUCUCAUCUGGGUUUCUGUUGAUGGCGGUUUAAUUGUGAAAGCAGAUCUUUUUGAGUUCCUCCCUGUGUGGCGGCGAAACAUUCUGAUUUAGAGUUCCCAGCUUCAUUUCGUUUUUAGUCCUCUUGCACGAAAAACCCCUGAAAAACCCUUUGGUUCUGGAAUCCCUCUUGCCGUUUCUCAUUAGGUUGCGAAGUCUAGUAGGAUAAGGAAGCCUUAAAAGCACCAUCUUUAUCAGUCAGAAGCUCUUGAUUAUUUUUGGAGCUUGUGCUAUUGUGAUAUUUGUACCAUUUUCCUUAGUAAAUGCAUGGAUGGAAGAGAAGCUAUGGCAUUGUCUAGUGGGUCAAAUCCGUAUUACAUUCAUAGGGGGCCUGGUUAUGGUGGGUCUGGGGGAUACGGGUCACAACCUGGCGCAUUGCACCCUCCACCCCAGUUCAGAUCCUCCCCAACUCCAAACUUUCAGAUUCAAAACAAUGCCAGGCCUGGCUCAUCUGCACCUGCAUUCUCAAUAGAGCACUCAAAUGUGAAUUCUGGUCAUGGUGGUCAUGGCGGCCCUGGCGGCCAUGGCAUUGAUAUUGAUAUGGGUGCUCCUCCACCUGGGGUUGCUGUGAGUGAGCAGCCGGUGAAGAAGAAAAGAGGAAGGCCACGGAAAUAUGCCCCUGAUGGACAGGUUUCCCUUGCUUUAUCUCCUGUGCUGGUAAAGCCUAAACAACAACCAUCAUCAGAGCAAGAUCCAUUGAGCCCAUCUAAGCGUAGAGGGCGGCCACCGGGUACAGGGAGAAAGCAACGACUGGCGAAUCUAGGUGAAUGGAUGAACAACUCUGCAGGCCUGGCUUUCGCACCACAUGUGAUCAGAAUCUUAGCUGGGGAGGAUAUAGUUGCAAAAAUAUUGUCAUUCGCGCAACAGAGGCCUAGGGCUGUCUGUGUCUUGUCUGGAACUGGUACAGCUUCAUCUGUCACACUGCGCCAACCAGCAUCUUCAGGGCCUUCUGUCACAUACGAGGGCCGAUUCGAGAUACUGUGUUUGUCGGGUUCUUACUUGGUGGCUGAAGAUGGUGGUCCACGUAAUCGUACAGGCGGGAUGAGCGCUUCUCUCUCUACUCCUGAUGGUCAUGUCAUUGGUGGUGCAAUCGGCAUGCUUACUGCUGCGAGCCUAGUCCAGGUCGUGAUCUGCAGUUUUGUACAUGGUAAUACAAAGAAGCCCGAAAGACCAGUUGGGCGGCCUAAGAGUGAUAAAAGCCAACGGAACAAUGAGAAAUUAGCUGUUAGUACCCCUACUACCCCUGCUAGUGCUCCUCCUCCCUCUACUACAACACAGCAGCAGCAGCAUCACUACACUCCUUCACCCAUGGGGGUCUGGCCUGGUUCACGGUCUGUUGAACUGAGAAACAACCCUCACAUGGACAUUGAUUUGACACGCGGAUGAAUGACUGAUGAAGAUGAUGACUGGCUGCAGCAACAAGCACAUGGCAAUUUUGUACAGAUGUGUUGUUGUACAAGUAGUUGAAGAAGAAAAGAUCUCCUUUGUGAGCAUCUAGAUUUCACCUUUCAGCUCUUUUCUCUCUCUUCCCCAACAUUUGAGGGUAGGGACGUGGAAUGCGGUUUGUGCUAACCUCUAGUCUGUAACAAAAAGUCGAUCAUUUUUAAGGGCUCGCUUCCAACUGUUUAGGAUUUGUUUUCCCAUUAUUUUUAAGUCUCCCUGUUUCUGGGUAUUUAUGUGGAUCAGUCUUUGGUGAUUGGCACUUGGCAGUAGCAAAGUUCAGUUAAUUCCUCUUCGUUAAAAUUUUCUCCCAUCUUGUUUCUCAUCUCUCGCUCUUGCUCUGAGCUUGGACAAAAUUCAGCAAUGGCUGCUUUGAAAACCGUUGGUAAUGCCGUAAUGGUAUGCAAGUAUGCAAUGAAAGAACUUGAGUUGGAUCUAUCAUGCCUUCUUGUAGAACACAGGCCACAAAAGGUUACAGAUGACAGAGCAGAUAGGAAAAGUAAGAUCAUAAAUUGAAACAAGUUUUACACAUUCCAUUGCCAAAUUUCUGAAGCCACAAGCUUGGCAUGUCACGUCCAAUUAUAAUGCAUGGGAGUUCCAGAGAAUCUCUGGACACAAUACUAAAGGACAGCAACAGCA